AUGGAGCGCACUGCACAGUACAGCCCCGAUGUCAAGCCCUUAUGGAUUCCAGUCUCUUCCCUUCUUACUCGACGAGAUUUUCCCCUACUGCCACAAGCCUCCAUGAAACACAAAGAAGAAGUUAUAUUCGACGUGACGAUUGAAAGAACACAGAAGACAUUGGAUGAAGCCACGAACUUAAACUCAACGUCAGCUGCAAAGCUUGACAUGUGGGACCACGCAGAGGACUUCAUCGCCCAGACCGCCCAAGAAGUCGUAUCAGCGCACGAUUUCUACAACCAGAAUGCUACAGCCUUCAAGUCAUCAUCUGACGCGAUGGUUACGGACCUCUCAAAGAAGAAUAUGGGCGACUUUCUGGGUGAGGCAAAGAAGGUCAUGGAUGCCCUGGAUUCUCUGCAACAGAUCCACCCGUUUGUUGGUGUGGCUAUACUUGCUUUCAAGGCAGUCGUGAAUCUUGAGCUAACGCGAAGAGAAAACGAUCGUAGAGUUGGAUUGAUGAUAGCUCAGGCAUCUGAUAUGAUGGUCAUGCUUCUCCAACUUAAGGACACCAAAGACCCUGCCAUCGUAGGACCUCACGGUGAAAUUCGGGGGCGACUCCAGCGUGUCACGGACGGCAUCAAGAAAGAUAUUGAGGAUUGCGGGAACGCCAUCGACAAGUACUACAAGUCAAAAUUCGUUGUGAAAUUCUUCAGAUCAUCCCAUUGGGCGAGCGAAUUUGUCAAAAUUUGCAGCAGCUUUUCCCAGCGUACCCAGGACCUCCAGCUCGCCUUGAAUAUCAGGACGACCUUGAGAGUUGACAUUGCGAUCGAUAAGCUGGAGAAGCUAAUCCAGAGGCCAAGCGAACGCGAAGCGAAAUUCGAGAAAGAAGUGCAAAGGCGCGGUGGAAGGGAGAAGUGUUUGGAGAGUGAAGACGCAUUAGUGGAGCUACUGAAAUUUGCUGAGCAACGGGAAGCACGUCCACAGAAUAAAGCACGUCCCGAUCCCGCCUCCAAAGAUGCCAAUAAGCCUACUUCCAAGACCACUUCGGCCAGCGGAUCGGUUGUUGAGCAGUACCGCCUCGAUGCCUCAUUGCUUCACGAACUGCGUGCUCCUUUACGCAGCUUACUCGACGAAAACCGCGCUCUCUUCAUGUUCAAGCUCGACACCCAGACAUCUGACAUCAAAGAUGCUAUCAAGGAUUCCGAGGCGCGCAUCAUGUGGGCCUUCAACAGCAGAUUCAGACGGGUCAAGGAUCCACACCUCCGAUAUAUCUGGAAGGAGAUGAAAUGGACAACAAGUGUCAAGACACUAUACUUCAUCGCAGAACUCCACGACUAUUACGUCAAUCGGUUCUCCCGCCUCCGUCACGAUGCUCCGCCCGCACAAGAGACCUCGGAGGCUUCAUCUUUGAUCCUGCGAGUCCCAUCCCCAACACCUACUGUCUCUGUCGCCUCGGAUUCAGAAGGAGAAGAUCGCGAUCUUCAAGCAGUCGAUUCUGCAUAUCGCGAGCUUCCUACAGUUGAUCUUGCAGACAAGUGGUGCCUGAAAUACUUGUCUGUUUUCUACGUUCCGAGUCUAUCGGAAGGCUUCGAUGGCGAUGCGAAUGGUUUGGUCAGCAUAAGGGAAGUGAACUCCUUUACUUCCACGACGCCUUCGGGUUGGAGUCUUCCACAAACGCUUGCGUACUGGGCAGCAGGGUGGAGAGUGGAUAGCCAAUAUUACCACGCACGGAUUGAACAGGUCUUGAAUAGCAUGGUUUAUGUGCAUGCAGAUGCACUUCCGGAAAACCGGAGGUGUAUCGCCACAUACUUGAAUUCAUAUGUUAUCGAUGGCAUCAAACGACUCGUCCGUUCUAUUGCAGACCUUGGAUCAGAGGAUUCGGACUUGGAUCUUACGCAAUUGGCUGCUCAGCGUCGCACGGCUCAGGAAGAGAUAUUGGCGGAUAAACUUAACAUCGUGAAGUAUGAAAUUGACUCUAGGGACACUAUCAAACUUUUUGGAUCUGGUCGCAUCGAAAAUUUCUUGCUGCCUUUGCUUUACCUCAUCAUCAGGAGGCAUUUACAGAUCAUGAGACUCGCCAGCACAGUAAUUCUGGUUGAGAGAGAACUCGAGUCUGCAACUCAAACGAUAGAAAAUAUUCUGGGAGGGGUGACUCUGCGUGUGGAGCAACUGGCAGAAUCAUUUCGCCAGCUGGGAAACGAUCCGAAGGUGAGAUUCACUUGGUAUGCGCAUGGAUUGUACAACUUCUGGUACAGCCCAGAACUAACCACGGACGACACCGAAUACUGGGAAACCCACAAUUAUGGACUUGAUGAGACUGAGUUCGACAUUGAUGCGACAGCAUUGAAGCUCGGUCCCUUCAGUCUGGCAGAGAAAGAUGAAGCGUUGGAAACGCCUGUGAAGCUCACUGCAACUAGUCCCGGUCAGCAGCCUGAAGACACCAAGGACGAGUAUAUCCGUUUGUGGUGCAUGAAUGAACUCCACAAUGCGCGAAACUUCUACCCUUAUGAAAUCACGCCUUAUCUAUCGUCCGAGGAAAAACAAAGGUUCAAUUCCCUGUGCGACGAGCUGCCUCCUUCAGAUGUGCAGCGCUGGAAUUCAUUAGCUGAACUCCAUGUGCGCAGACGAUUGUUCGAGUGUUCCUGCGAUGCAUGUCAUUGCCUUGUCACUGACGUUCUUCACCGUUGUAUAGACUGCGAUUCCAAUCAAUAUGAUUUAUGUGCAGAAUGUGAAUCUCUACCGGUUUCGGAACAUAAAUACCCAUCCGACCACAAGUCGACGCACAACAUGCUUGUUUUCCGCAUGCCGCUACCGCAUGGUCGCUACAAGCGAGUCCAGUGGUAUGCUAGGAAUUAUUUGUCUACUUGUAUGCCCAAUGCACCACCACCAGAAGGGCCGUCGACUGCGCAAGAAGACGAAUGCCGGAUACAAUCAAAUGGAACAGAACUUCCGCCUUCGACAGAGGCCACUCAAACGGAUGUGGCUUGCGCCCCCCUCGAUUCGCCGGCAGACGACGAGGAGUUAAGCGGAAACUCAGGAGCGGCAUCCGGGGGGAUAGUUGAAGUUGAAACCUCAGUUGCGGAUGGGGAUGCUUAUACUUGUGCUGAAUGUGGCGUUAAGAUGAAGGGCAUCUUUUAUGUAUGCCUUACCUGUGGAGAAAUCCAGACCGCCAUUGCCUUAUGUGGCGACUGUGCGUUUCGCGAUGUAUUCAAUGUGGUCACAGCGCACCACCCUCACAAACACUGGCUGGUCAAGAUUAAAGACAAGGUUCAAGACGCAGGUGGAGCAUCAGACGAACCUCCCGAUGACUCGGACGAGACAAGUUCGCUUUCCUUACGAGUCGACAAGCUGGCUGCAAUGGUGGAAUCUCGCUUUGCUGAGCAGGAUCGCCGCCUUGAUGCACUUAUCACGCAGGUUGAUCUACUCGUGCACAGUCUAGCUGGAUCGACGGGAAAAGCACAGCUUCCCUUGGAGUCUGUCUCGGUUUGA